UGUGACCAGCGUGUGUCCCACAUGGUUUUACUGCAAACAUGUUGGCAUCUAAAACAGAUCGAAACGGCAGCAUGAGUGGCAAAGCGAAAAGUAAAACAACCGACAAAUUAAAAAGACCGGCCCCGGAGGAAGAAGCAGUUCAAGACAUUGAACAGCUCCUCCUGUUUAAUGAUGAGGCUGGUCCAGAUGUAGAGGAUGAUGAGGACCUGACAGACAGCGAGGAGAGCAUCUACUCUGGCCUGGAGGACUCGGGGAGUGACAGUGAGGAGGAGGAGGAUGAGGAAGAGGCAGAAAUGAACUCGAGUGCUGAAGUGAAGAGUGGUAUUGAAACAGCACCUCAGGGACAAGAUGCUAAAGGGAAGCUGAGCAAACAGCAGUCGAAGAGCCAGAAGUCCACCCCAAAAAAGAAGGUGAAGGCAGGAGGGGGGAAUGGAGAGCUGGAGAAGCAGCCAGACAGUGCUGCACUGGGAGAUGAGUACGAGCAGGACUCUUCAGACGAGGAUGAUAUCCGUAACACCGUUGGUAAUAUCCCUAUGGAGUGGUACAAGGAUUACCCUCACAUUGGAUACGACCUGGAUGGAAAGAAGAUCUUCAAGCCAAUCAGAAACAAGGAUGAACUGGAUGAGUUUCUGGAAAAGAUGGACAACCCUGAUUACUGGCGCACGGUUCAUGAUAAGGUGACGGGCUCUGAUAUCCGACUGACUGACGAGCAGAUCGACCUCGUGCAUCGUCUACAGAAGGGACAGUUCGGAGAUGUCAGCUUCAACCAGUAUGAGCCUUCUGUCGAUUUCUUCUCCCACGAGACCAUGAUCCACCCAGUGACUAACCGUCCAGAGCACAAGCGAAGCUUCAUCCCAUCGCUGAUUGAGAAAGAGAAGGUCUCCAGACUGGUCCAUGCAAUAAAGAUGGGAUGGAUCAAGCCUCGCAAGCCUAAGGACAGCACUCCACAGUACUAUGAUCUCUGGGCAAAGGAGGACCCCAAUUCUAUAUUGGGAAGACACAAGAUGCAUGUUCCAGCCCCGAAGCUGAAGCUGCCAGGACACGAGGAGUCCUACAAUCCUCCCCCGGAGUACCUUUUUACUGAGGAGGAGAAACUGGCAUGGGAGCAGCAGGAGGCCGAGGAGAGGAAGCUGAACUUCAUCCCGCAGAAGUUCUCCUGCCUGCGUGCCGUGCCUGCUUUCCAGCGCUUCAUCCAUGAGAGAUUCGAGCGCUGCCUGGACCUCUACCUCUGCCCCCGGCAGCGCAAGAUGAGGGUAAAUGUAGAUCCAGAGGACCUGAUUCCGAAACUGCCAAAACCAAAAGAUCUUCAGCCAUUCCCCACCACGCAGUCACUGGUCUACCGCGGACACACCAACUUGGUGCGCUGCAUUAGCCUGUCUCCCAGUGGGCAGUGGCUGGCUUCGGGCUCUGACGACUGCACCGUACGCUUCUGGGAGGUGAGCACAGCGCGCUGUAUGAAGACAGUCGACGUGGAAGGAGCUGUAAAGAGCAUCGCCUGGAAUCCAAACCCAGCUCUGUCUCUCGUUGCUGUGUCUCUGGAGCGCUCUGUGGUCGUGCUGAACCCUGGUCUGGGGGAUGUCCUGGUCUCCAGCGUCACAGAGCAGCUCAUCUCCUCGUAUGUGGAGCCGGAAGAGGAGAAGGCCCAGACAGUGCAGUGGGUCGUCCCAGAGGCGGAGGCCUUGGAGAAGGGAGUCAGGCUCAUCAUCAGACAUCCAAAGUCUGUGAAGCAGGUGACCUGGCAUGGGAAGGGGGAUUACCUGGCCAGCGUUAUGCCAGACAAUGGCAAUACGCAGGUUCUGAUCCACCAGCUGAGCAAGCGCCGGAGCCAGAACCCCUUCCGCAAGAACAAGGGGCUGGUGCAGUGCGUGGCCUUCCACCCCAGCCGGCCUGCCUUCUUCGUGGCCACGCAGCGCUACGUCCGCGUCUACAACCUCAUCAAGCAGGAGCUCACCAAGAAGCUGCUGGCCAACUGCAAGUGGGUUUCCAGCAUAGCGGUCCACCCUGGAGGUGACAAUGUGAUCUGUGGAAGCUAUGACAGUAGACUCACCUGGUUUGAUCUGGAUCUCUCUACAAAACCUUACAAAGUCCUCCGACACCACAAGAAGGCCCUCCGAGGAGUAGCAUUCCACAAGAGCUACCCUCUGUUUGCUUCUGCCUCCGAUGAUGGCAGUGUCAUCGUAUGCCAUGGCAUGGUCUACAAUGACCUGCUGCAGAACCCUCUGAUUGUUCCUGUGAAGGUACUGAAGGGUCAUGAGAUCACAAGGGAUCUGGGAGUCCUGGACGUUGCGUUCCACCCCACCCAGCCCUGGGUGUUCUCCUCCGGGGCCGACUCCACAAUCCGACUGUUCACCUGAAGCGUCUGCUCAAAUUGAGGGUGGGGUGCUUGUAGGGAUGCUGUCAUGAUUACACUGUUAUUGACUGGGAUGUGAAAUGUAGUUGCUUUUGUUCUCCUGUGUGCGAAAGAAAGAAAGAAAAAGAAAGAAAGAAAGAAAACAUCUGAGAAUAAAAUUUAAAUGGAUGUUGGCAUCAGUGGAAAUAACCCAAGUUUUAGAGAUUAAGGCAGUCCAUGAAGGAAAAUAGUGUACCAUUCAAUGGACGGAGAGUUUCGUCAAUAAGAGCUGAAAGAUCAAACAUUUUUCAAGACAGUAAUCCAGUUCAAAUACCCACACAAAAAAACUAUUUUCUGUAACCUGAACUAUGUAGAUGCUUCUUUUUAUUAAAGCAUAUCCUUGUUACUCUU